AGAGCGAGAGACAGACAGACAGACAGAGGGAGAGGGAGAGAGAGAGAGAGAGAGAGAGAGAUCACCUGUACACUGAGGUGACGUCACCAGGCUCCAUCGCGAGUCUUCGUCAGAGCGACCAGCAGCGACCGACCCAACAAGUCUACGGGGAUCUACUUUUCUACUUCCCCCCCUGGAAAACAGAAGAAAAAACUCCUUCAGACUCAUCUGAACACGGAGGAAAGGUGCAUACGGUGCCCGGGACAUGUAGCAGACCCACCGGGACCCCGCGGACACCGGAGACAGCAGUUUAGUGUUUAGUGAACGAGUCGCUAGCCUCGGCUAGGCUAACCAACAUGGAGGCGGACCGUGAACCUCUGGGUCUACACUAGUCCCGGUCCAAACUUGUCCUGGUCGACCCCCGGACUGGUCUGAACGGAUCUGGGUCUGAACUAGUCUUGGUCUGGGUCUAAACUAGUCCUGGUUCGGGUCUACACGGGCCCUGGUCUAAAGGAGUCCUGGUUCGAGUCUGCAUGAGUUCAGACGAGACCAGCUGACACAUGGAUUUAAGUUCAAACCGGUUCUAUGAAGUUCGGUGUUAAUGAAGCGGUCUGUGCUAUCGACUAUUCUCUAUGGAUCGUGGACAUGGGUCCUAAGAAGUAAUCCCCAGUGAAGAAGAGAAGUCUAAGGGGGUGGAUGCUCGUCCUGGAGCGAUCCUGUCUGGGAGCACAUUUACAUAUGUUGUGUUUGUGAAUGAGGGUUCAAACUACUACGAAACUGGUUCCUUGUGGAUUAAUAAAGUGCUGUGAAUCCUGAUCAACUUCUGGACAUCAGUGGCUGGUCAUCCACUCCGGGAAUGAAGUUGUGUUCAAGUGCAAACUAUUUCAAGUAGAACGGGUCCACCGUUUAUCCCGACUACAUCUUGAACGCUGCGGUGAGUGGAUGCUGGGACGGCGGGACCAUGAUGUGGAUUACCGCCUAAUCGGCACCGCCACCGGCCGGGAAUCUGAAGGACAUCAAGAUGGAGAAGAGCACUGAAGCGACGUCCCGUACGGGGGAAGCAGUCAAAACGGGGCCAGGCUGGAUGGUACUGGGUUAGAGGAUUUCUUCGGCGGGGUAUUUGAUGGAGACUCGUCUGACAUGCCCAGGAAGGAGCAGCCACUGCCCCAGGGUUGGGAGGAAGCCCGCGACUUUGACGGGAAAGUUUACUACAUUGAUCACAUCCACCAGGCCACCAGCUGGAUCGACCCGAGAGACAGGCAGACCAAACCCCUGUCCUUCGCCGACUGUAUCGGAGAUGAACUUCCCAUCGGCUGGGAGGAGGCCUACGACCCGGUGGUCGGGGCCUACUAUGUCGACCACAACACCAAGAGCACCCAGCUGGAGGACCCGCGGGCCCAGUGGCAGCAGGAGCAGGAGGUGAUGCUGAGGGAGUACCUGGAGGUGGCGCACCACGCCAUCAGCGCCCAGGAGGAGAUCUACCAGGUGAAGGAGCAGCGGCUCCUCCUCGCCCAGCAGGAGUACCAGCUCCUGCACGACACCUGGAGGAACAAGAGCACCUCGCAGACCAGCUUGAACUCUCGCUCGUCCUCGUCCAGCCGCUACGAUCCAGAGAUCCUGAAGGCGGAGAUCAUCACUGCUAAGAGCAGGGUGAACCGGUUGAAGAGAGACCUGUCGUCUAUGAAGCAGGAGCUGCAGUUUAAACAGCAGGGAUUCGAGACUCUGAAAGGGAUCGACCUGAAGGUGUCCAGCUGUCCCCAGGGCUACCAGCCCCAGGAGGCGGAGGCCAUCAUGAAGGAGGUGCACUCCCUGAGGGACGCCAUCUCCUCUGGGGAGAAGGAGAAGCAAGCCCUCAUACAGAAACUGGCGGUGCUGAAGGACGGCUUCCCGCUGGACUCGGGCUCGGAGCAGGAGCUGUGGGGCAGCAGCCUGUCGCUGGGGCCCUCGGAGCUGUCCCUGCCCCGCCUCUACUCUGAGGCCGGCUCGCAGACAGACAUCCCCGCCGAGGUGGGCAGCAGCGCUAACAACCAGCUGGCCGAGAAGGUUCGCCUGAGUCUCAAAUAUGAGGAGGCCAAGAGGAGGAUCUCCGGCGUCGAGGUGCAGAUCGCGCGGCUGGACAGCGAGGCGUGGCCCGGCCUGCUGGACCCGGAGCGCGACCGCCUGAUCCUCAUCAACGAGAAGGAGGAGCUUCUGAAGGAGCUGAGCUACGCCCGCCCGCCGCGCCACCUGCAGCCCAGCGACGCCCAGCGCAUCGAGAGCCAGAAGAAACGCCUGGAGACCGACCUGCAGGCCGCGCGCCACACCCAGAGCAAGGCCCUGACCGAGAGACUGCGUCUCCACUGUAAGAGGAACAAGCUGGUCCGGGACCUGGAGUCCUCUGUCCGCCUGGCUGCCUCGCUACACACCCAGCUGAAGAGCCUGUCGGCCAGCACGCUGUCCUGCUCGUCGGGCAGCAGCCGGGGCUCCCUGGCGACCACCUCCUCGCUAGGCUCCACCUCCUCGCUGAGCUUCAGCGACCUGUACCUGGAGCGGCCCCCCGACAUGGACCCCGACCUGCAGAACAAGCUGGAGCUGCUGCUGGGGGGGGGGUUCCGCCCCUCCAUGGCCAUCACCACCAUCCACGAGCACGAGGUGGUGAGCGGGGCGGGGCCGGGGGCGGGGCCUCACCCCGAGGGGUCCCCGGAGGCGGGGUCGUCACGGCUACAGGCGCUGAGGCUGACGGAGACGCCGCCGCCGCUGUCGGUCGGCUCCCUGUCGCCCCGCUCCUCCCUCUCCUCCCUCUCACCUCCCUGCUCCCCGCUGGCCGCCGCCUCCUUCCUCACCCCGGGGGAGGAGGGGGAGGAGGAGGGGGAGGAGGAGGGGGAGCAGGAGCACGGAGGAGGUGCUGGAGGAGAGGAGGAGGAGGACCUGAGGGAGACCACCCCGCAGGGAGGAGAACUAAGAGAGUCUGCCCCUACCCUCAGGGCCUCAGGGGCGGGGUCUAAUAAUGUGGGCGUGUCCUCUGCCGUGUCUGACGAAUCAGUGGCCGGGGACAGUGGAGUGUAUGAACCAUCAGAACGCAGGCCCGGGCAGCAGCCAUCCUCCCUGCUCCCCGACGACGAGGCCUCGUCCCCGGGCUGCGCUCAGGUCCAGCUGGGCCUCCGCUACCAGGACCAGCGCUUCAGCGUGGCCGUGCUGCAGCUCGCCAACUGCAGCGCCCUCUGUCUGCCGGAGGACCACCACAUGUACGUGCGUGUGGUGGUGCUGCCGUGCUCGGAGAACGCCCGCUGCCUGUUCCGGACGCGCGCCUUCGCCCCCAAGCCCAGCCUGGAGGUCAACGAGGUCUUCGGCCUCAGCAUGUCCCACAAUGCACUGCGGCAGAAGACGCUGCGCGUGGACGUCUGCCACACCAGCAGUUCGGGUCGGGAGAGCUGCCUGGCAGGAGCUCAGGUGAGUCUGGCGGAGGAGAAGUGCAGUGAGAAGAAGAGCAGCAGGUGGUUCAACCUGCUGAGCCACGCUGACGUCACGGAGCUCGCCCCUCAGGUGGAGAAGGCUCCCGCACCAGAACCAGCACAGGAACCAGCUGCAGAAGAAGCGUCAGAAGAAGCUGAUCGGCUCGAUGGACAGCAAGUGGCCGUGUCUAACAGCAUAGGGGCGGGGCCUCACGAGGAAGGGGAGGAGUUACACCCAGAGAGCAGCCAAUGGGCAGCAGAGGAAGAGGUGCAUGAUGAAGAUCAGCAGAGGCCGGGAACCACCACCACCACCACCCCCAUCAAAGAGAGGGUGAACAAGGAGACCAGUACCGGGGGGACGUCGGUGCGGCCCAAGCAGCGGCCCCCGGACCCCAGCCCAGGGGGGGGGCACAUGGUCCAGCAGUCCUUCAUCAGGGGCAACACCGUCAUCAGGUCCAAGACCUUCUCCCCGGGACCCCAGAGCCACUACAUCUGCAGGAUCAACCGUAGUGACAGUGACAGCUCCACUCUCUCCAAGAAGUCUCCGUUCGUCAGGAACGCUUCUGAACGAAGAAGCAUGAGGGUCAAGAAGCCCGUAGUGGCCGGUAAGACCCUGGACGGUCUGCUGCGCACCUCCAUGGACCUGGAGAUGGACCUGCAGGUGUCCAGGACCCGCCAGGCCCGGCUGGACCAGGAGCUGCUGGUCCUGCGGGAGCUGAAGGAGCAGAUGGAGAAGGCCCGGCAGGAGGGCCGCCGGGAGCUGCCCCUCUGGGUGCAGCAGGACCAGAGGUUCAGACAGCUGCUGCGGCGGGCCGAGAGACAGACCCAGGAGGAGCAGCAGCAGGAGCACAGGGUGGAGCAGAUGAUGAAGGCAGCAGCUAAAGACGUCCACAAGAUGACCAGUCGUCAGGAGGUCCCCGAGGUUCAGAACUUCAGAGAUAAGAUGGCGUUCCUCACCAGAGCACGGAGCUCCAUCCCUGACCUCCCCUCCCAUGACGUGUGAGGAACCCCCCCCCCCCCCCUCCCCCGAGCCGGACCAGGAGAACCGGGCAGCGGCCGAGCUGCCACGUCAAGGAACCCAACUCUGCCGGCCGACGACAGAGGUCUCUCCGAGCCCCCGACGCUCUUCCUAGCUUUAGUUUGAAUCCAGUCCGGUUCUAGCUUUAGGUUGGACCAGAAGCUGGGCCUUCAUGCUGCUUCCCCCAGGUUUCAUUAGCAUUCCAGCUGGAUCAGGACUUUAAGCACACACGCGUACGAGCACGGCGGAGGUUCCUCCACAAGGAACAGAUCCGUCACAAGGGGACCUCCUACGUACAGCACAACCCACCCAAAGGGGCUGGAAACACACCUCCCCUUCAGAGGGGAACUCUGAAACACACCUCACCUACAGAGGGGAACUCUGAAACACACCUCGCCUACAUAGUGGGGACGUUUGAGCUCUGAAACACACCUCACCUACAUAGUGGGGACGUUGGAGCUCUGAAACACACCUCACCUACAUAGUGGGGACGUUGGAGCUCUGAAACACACCUCACCUUCAGAGGGGAACUCUGAAACACACCUCACCUACAUAGUGGGGACGUUGGAGCUCUGAGACACACCUCACCUACGUAGUGGGGACGUUGGAGCUCUGAAACCAACCUCACCUUCAGAGUGGGGAUGUUUGAGCUCUGAAACACACCUCACCUUCAUAGUGGGGACGUUGGAGCUCUGAAACACACCUCUCCUUCAGAGUGGAGCUCUGAAACACACCUCACCUUCAUAGUGGGGACGUUGGAGCUCUGAAACACACCUCAACUUCAGAGUGGGGACGUUGGAGCUCUGAAACACACCAGCAAUACUCUUUAGGACAGGAAGGACUGGAUAGGACUGGAUCAGAUCUGGUUAGGACUGGAUCAGGACUGGAUCGAGACUGGAUCAGGUCUGGAUAAGACUGGAUAGGACUGGAUCAGGAGAGAAUGGGAAGUCGAUGCGCUGACAGAAUCCAGCAGCUUACAUGAAGGUGACAUCCUUUGGUUUCUCAUGCACCAGAACCCUGGUACGAUCUCGGUAGUACUGUUACUGUGGUACUGUACUACUCUCGUACUGGUACCGUGGUACUGUACUACUCCAGCACUGGUUCUGUGGUACUCUACUACUCAUACUGUUGUACUCUUCUAUCUAUGCUGUACUCUGAAGAACAUGGCCAGAUCUUCUUGAUCAGUGCUGAGGUUCUGAAGAGGACCACCUGUCGUUACAGCUGCUCAUGAAAUGUUGUUUGUUGUUAAAUGAUGUGCACACUGUAACACACACACACACACACACACACACACACACUGUAACACACACUCACGCAUGCACACACACAGACACUGUAACACAAUCGCACACACACACACACGAGAUAAGUUACUUGAGGGAAGCAGUGAUUAGCUGUCUCUCGAACAAAUGAAGGAAAUAAGAUCACGCCAGUUUACCGCCUUAACUGGCUUCUCAGAGCUCACCGGGUAAAAGGAGAGGUCAGUAUUUACUGCUCCACCAGGAGAUGAAUGGAUGACCCUCAUAGACUGACCAUGUCAGGGUCUGUUCCCCUCCCCCCCCUCUUUCUCUCUCUCUGGUAUAUGAUGCAUCAGAGGAGAGUCCUGACCUUUGGUUGAUUCUCUCACUCUCCCUUUCGAGCUCGCUCACUGUCUCAACCCCUCUCUGUCUCUCUGACCUUGGGUUGGUUCUGUACCGCUGAAAGCUUCAGGAGUUUUCUUUAUGAGGAAGCAGCCAGCGGUCUACAGGGGUUACCGUUGAACCGGUCAGCCGGGCGUCCUAGACCAGAACCACCAGCCACCUCCAGGAGGUACUUGCCGGCUUGCCAGCGGUUCUAUUCCCCGAGUUAAUUUAUGACUUGAGCGAGGCACCGCGCCACAGCGCGCGGGUUCAACGCUCCACCUGGACCUGGGCGCGGUCCUCCUUGCCUCCACCCAGGUCCCUCCAGAUGAACGGUUGCCGUAGUAACGGCGGCAUGGAGCCGUCCGUUUGGAAGACAACGAUGUGAUCCCAGGAGCGUCUCCCUUCCUGUCAGGAGAGAGAGAGUGAGCGUGUGUAGGGUUAUGAUGUCACUUCCUGUAUCUGAUAGUGCAGGUGACUGGUGGAGCGGACGUGCGGAAGGAGUAGGGAGGAGGAGCAGGUGGGGGGGGGGGGGAGAGGUCUGGGUGUGUGUGUGCGUGCGAGGGGGAGAGAGCCCCGUGUGUGAGAGAGAGGGCGAGCUACAGUGUAGAUUAUCAGUAAACCAUAAGGAAUAAGUAUCACUUCUGAAGUACCUGAUUUUACCUUUCGUUUAGUCGUUCUCAUGCAAAGGUUUACCUUUGCGCGUUACUCCUUGUUUUUCUGUCGUAGUGUCGUCGUAAAGUAGGCUUUGAUUUGAUGCGCACCAUUCCAACGUUGAUCUCGUUCGUUAUCAGCAAUAUAUGCGAUGUGUUACGAUCAAUUAAAAUAUGUCUUGAUUGACGGAAUGUUCGAUCAGAAAUGAAUGUAGGCCAUCGUAUAUCUUUUUGUAUAUAAUUUGUUUGUGUUUUUUGUUUUUUUUAAACCACUGAGAACCUUGUUUAGUCACGUGACUUCUCCGGUCGACACGUAGUCGAUGACUCACACGCGGUUAACCUUAAUUGAAGUGAUUCUCUUCCUGUCGAGUCCCUCGCGUGUGUCUGGUGGCUGCGGCCAAUAGGUGGCGCCAGAUAUACCCACCAGGUAUUUAUUGCACUUUGUGAUUUGGGUGUUGCUUUAAAUGUUUUCCUCUCCUCAACUCUUUUCUCCCCUCGAAAACUGUGAAUUUUAAUCUCAGACACUGUACUGUCCACCAGAGUUGUAAAUAUUUCACCAGCACGAAGAAGACUCAACAACAAUGUUUUAUAGCUUCACAACAAAUAAAAACAAAAUAUUCUCUCCUAUUUUAA